CAUAUUGAUUUGUGUAUUUUUAUCUUUAUUUCUAUCCGUGAUUUUGGCCGGGUAGCGCGAUUAAUCAAGAUGGAAAUCGAUCAGGAAACUGCAAAAAAGCUUUUGGUAGAAGGUGGAACGUUCGUGUUCUUGGGCGUCCCCGAAGAGACACAAUUUGGUAUUGAUAUGAAAUGUUGGAACACAGAGGAUGACUUUCGCGGAAUCAAGAUGAUUCCACCAGGCUUACAUUAUGUGCACUAUUCGGCAGUGAGUAAUGGAACUGGUGAUAUCUCUCCAAGAUCAGGUUUCAUGCAUUAUUUUGAUAAGAAAGAGUUUGUUGUGAAGAUGUGGGACAAAAACACAGAAGACAUAAGCAAGGAUGAAAUAAGCGAUGAGAGCAUACAGAGACUUAAGGACAACUUGCUGAACCUCGACAGACACUUAGCUCCAUAUCCUUAUGAAAUAUGGCACCAGUGGAAGCUGUUGACUUCACAAAUAACAGCUGACUUAGCUAAAAAACUAUCUCCUGAGAAUGGUAUGAUCAGAGCGUCUGUGGAAUUAAUGUCUACAACAGACAAAGAUAGACCAAGAGGUGUUAAAUCUAUGGAUAGUGAAGAGAAGAACUCUUCACUAGAGGAAACCGAUGCUAGCUCGAGUCCUGGACAAUCUGAUGCUAAAAGAGCUAAGAGAAUCACCAGAGAAGAAAAAGAAGAUGCCAUGCUGCCAGAUUUGAAACCAGCACCAGGCACUGCAAUGAGAUUCACUGAAAUACCAAAGGACAAAUUCCCACCCGGAUCUACUCCUCAGGAAAUCACUAAACAUUACCUGGACCAAUCCUACUCACUGGAACUUAUGAUAGCACAACAAGAUGAACCACUUCACAUUAUUGGAGAAUUGCAAUUUGCGUACCUCUGCUUUCUAAUUGGACAUUCCUUAGAAGCUUUUGAACAUUGGAAAAACUUGGUGAUUUUACUAUGUUCUUGUGACGAUGCCAUCCACAAACACAGAAGUAUAUUCUUCCAUUUUAUAAAAACGAUUGAAGUGCAAAUUGAAGAGAUGCCCGAGGAUUUCUUGGCAGACAUUGUUAUGAACAAGAAUUUAGUUUACAAGAAAUUGAGAGAGUUUUUCAGAACUGCACACGUGAGUAAAGUUGAUGGACGGCUGUUGACGCUCAUCGAGAGAUUCAAAGAGAACCUAACAGAGAAACUACAAUGGGAUUUCACUGGACUUGACAUGGAUGAUGAGGACGAAAGACCGGUUGUAGUUAACUUAAGCCAGGAAGAGGCUGAAGAAAUAUAAGCACCUCUCAGCAUCAAUUUAUCAGACCUCUCCUAAUUGGUACUCUUGGGUAAUUUACCAUCAAUUACAAGGAAUUAACUGUCAAAGAUGGCUAUCUUGAAAUAGCUUCCGGGAUUUAACUUACUCUAGUUUAUAUUACAAAGCUACUAUGGAGUGUCAUUGAGUAUGUGAGUAGUGUCCGAUUGCAGAUCAAUUUUUGGAUGACAUGAUAAAGGUAAAACCCAAAUAGGUUAUCAGUUAAGUACUGCAACAUUAGACCAAGGCCAAAGAUUUAAAACAUCUACAACAAUUUUAUUCUAGAUUCAAGUUACAACAAUACAAAAUAUAUACUGUGUGUAGUAAAAUUUAACUGUAGUGUAGUUGAGCUUACUUUGUUGGAAGAAAAUUGCAAUAUAAAAAAUUUUUGAUUGGCUGUAUUUUUUGGCUCAUAAGUCAUAAUAAUAUAUGCUUAUAUCUUUGAUCAUACUGUAGUAGUAGAUAUUGUAUCCUCUACUUUCAGCUGAACUACAACUUCUGACUGUUCCACUCUUCGCCAAUGGAAAGCCAGGCGCGGUAACAGCCUGAAGUUUUGGAGGAGGUCACUCACUGGUCACUACACUAAAAAUUUAUCGCUGUUAUAGGAUUACUAGAAAUCUCCUUUUGUUAUUUGGCAAGAUUUUGAGAUUUUUCAAUUUGACCUUAGAUUUUGGGGGGUCCUGUCCCCCUGUUACCCCCCCCCUUUCGGACCGCGCCUGUGGAAAGCGUGUAGAAUGCUACUUUACCCUUGUAGAUACCAAAAUUGUUGUUGUGUACUGUGUACAUUUAGAAUCUUUAUUCUAUGAAGUUAUUCUUCUCUAUUUUACUAAGUAAUUAUUAAACUAGGUGUAUCAGUCCAAACUUUUGAUGUGAUUUAAAUAUUUUGAGCAAUAUUUUUGUGUAUUUAGGAUUCUAUGCAUAUUGUGAUUAAAUAAUACAUCAGAAAAUCAUUUGUUUCAU